ACUUAGUCCUUUAAGGCCUAUUAAACAGACUAGACUCAUUUUUAAGGCCUUACGACUAGAUUAGUCUUUUAACCCUUUAGUCUUUAGUCAUAAGACUAUAAAUUGACGACUAAUUUAGUCGUAGUCUUUAACCUUCUAACGUAAAAGGCUUAAAAGACUAAAAGGACUAAAGGACUAAAAGCGCCUUAUAGCUUUUGGCUGGCCUGGCGUGUCACAUAGAAAAAUUUAGCGAUGAAAGAGACUUAGUCUUUUAAGGCCUAAUGAGAAGACUAGACAAAUUUUUAAAGCCUUACGACUAGAUUAGUCUUUUAACCCUUUAGUCUUUAGUCAUAAGACUACAAACUGACGAUUAAUUUCAGUCGUAGUCGUAAGCUUAUAACGUAAAAGGCUUAAAAUACUUGAAACGUUUUGAUAACUCAUGAGUAAAAUAAAAUCGGAAAGCAGCAACAUUGUUCUUUUUUAAAUUACGAUUGUUGUCUAGGCUUAAGUUUUUUUUUAAUUAAUGACACAUUCUACAUGACUAAACUUUUUAAAUCGGCGGUAGAUUUGAUAUUUUUAGUGCGGUAAUAUCUCUUUCUACCUGAGUGUAAACAAGUGUUUAGCUUGCGAUUGAUAGGAAGUUUUUGUAGUUAGGGCAGUAAAUUACUGCUUUUAAGACCGAUGUUUAUUUUUCAAUACAAAAAUGAAUAAAGAUAUAGAAGUAGAACCUGGUAGUCAAAGCAUUUUAGCAAAUUUUUGUGAUAACACUCCAGAGCCAGAAUCUCCAAAUAAGACGACAAAUAGUAAAACUUUAUCAUGGAAGUUACUUGACAUUGGAGAUAAUAUGGUGAUUAUGUUGCAAAAAAUUUAUUGGAGGGAGCCUCCAACUCCUUAUGAAAGCGAAGAUGAAGAAGUCAAUAAUAUAACAAUUGAAAAUCCUAAUGUCGAUGAAAAACGUAAUAUAGUUGCAGCCAGGUUUCGUUAUCUUCUAGAAAAUGUGCCAGAACAAAAUUUGUAUAGUGUAUUUCUAGAAACAUCUGAUGUAAUAAAAAAAUAUGAGAAUUAAUUAAUACAUACUAUUGUAUACUAUUGUAAUGUUAUUAUUAAAGUCUUAUUUUCCUUUAUGUAACCUGUUCCUGUAUGUUUCUACUAAUAAGUACAACUAAUAAACUAAUUACGUACAUAAAUUUAUAAUACUGUCGUACAAAUAUU